CUGAGUUAAGGAAAUCUAAGAAACAAUUAUUACUCGAUAUCUGUAGACGAUAAAUAAAUUUGGAAUACUUCUUAAGUUAAGAGGCGACAAGUUGCCUUAUAAUCUUAUAACAUAUCAAUACUGGUUGAAACAAGUGGAACUUUUCAAUUUUCGGACAGAUGUCGAAGGUACUAUUUCUAAUUGCCUUUAUAGUGUACGCUACUGCGAUCAUCGAGGCUGAUAAGAAGAUAGUUUGUUACUAUGGUAGCUGGGCAGCUUAUCGUAAUGGACGUGGACAAUUCGAAUCGACCGACAUAGAUCCAAAUCUAUGUACUCAUAUAAUCUAUACCUUCGUUGGUAUUUCUGAGGAUGGUAACGUUAGAAUAUUAGAUAGCUGGCUAGAUCUGCCAAACGGCCGAGAUGGUUAUGGAAAAUUCACCAGACUUCGUCAAUUAAACCCAAAAAUUAAGGCUUUGAUAGCAAUAGGUGGUUGGAACGAAGGUUCCACGAAAUAUUCUAAUGUUGUAGCGAAUCCUAACGUACGUGCACGAUUCGUUCAGAACGUGAUAAAGUUUUUGAAAACGUAUGAUUUCGACGGUUUCGACUUCGAUUGGGAAUAUCCGAACCAGCGUGGCGGGAAACUGGCCGACAAAGAAAACUAUAUUGCAAUGUUGAAAGAAUUAAGAGAAGAAUUCGAUAAACAUGGUUACAUUCUCAGUGUGGCGGUCGCUGCUGCCGAAGUCUCGGCUUCUAAAUCUUAUAUUAUUUCGCAAGUUUCACAAUAUCCUCACAUUAUUAAUUUAAUGGCAUACGACUUGAAUGGAUCGUGGAACAAUUUCGCAGCGAUUAACGCUCCUCUAUAUCCUUCCUCUAAGGAAUCAGGAGAGCAAGCUAAGCUCAACGUGAAUUCGUCUGUUCAAUAUUGGCUUGAACAAGGUGCACCAGCUGACAAGCUCAUUCUUGGUGUUCCCGCUUACGGUAGAUCCUUUACCUUGUCGAAUUCCGCGUAUAAUACGAUAGGUUCUCCAACCAUUGGUCCUGGAAAGGCUGGUCCUUAUACGCGAGAAGGUGGCAUGCUUGGUUACAACGAAAUCUGCGAGUAUAUUAAGCAGGGAUGGACCGUAAAACGCGAGCCUGAACAACGUGUGCCUUAUGCUUUCAAAGACAACCAAUGGGUUGGAUACGACGACGUCAUAUCUCUUGAAGAGAAGGCCAAGUACGUCAUGUCCAAAGGACUUGGAGGUAUAAUGAUGUGGAGCGUCGAAACGGAUGACUUUCAUGGCAUAUGUGGUGAUAAAUAUCCGCUUCUGCGCAGCAUAAACAGGGUACUGAAAGGAUAUGUUCCGCCUCCUUCUCCGACUUCUACUCCUACAAAAUUGCCUACACCUGAUCCAUCGACUGUAACAAGACCAUUACCGACAUCAUCAACUACAGCACUGCCAUCAUCAACACCGUCUGACUCUGUAUGCACACAGGAAGGUUUUGUUCGAGAUCCAAAAGAUUGUUCAAUAUUUUACUAUUGUCAAAAAGCAUACAACAAAUAUGUUAUUAGUAGAUUCCGCUGCCCCACUGAUCUUGUAUUUGAUACAUCGUUUAAUGGUUGCAAUUAUAGAUAUAAUGUACCUGAUUGUUAGAUCGAUACGAAUCGACCAAACGAGAUGUAUUUUGUAACAGAA